AUGUCAACUCUGUCUGAGCCAUCUGCCAUUACAACAUCGACUCCAUCUGCGGCGCCUACUGUCCCAUUAACGACAUCAACAUCGCUUGAGGCACCUAUUGUGACAAACACACCAAUUCCGCCUCAAGAAACGACUACCCCUAUUGUGACAAACACACCAAUUCCGCCUCAAGAAACGACUACCCCUAUUGUGACAAACACAGCAACUCGACCUAUUACUCAAGAAACGACAACAACUCGACCUAUUAUUCAAGAAACAACAACCCGACCUAUUGUGACAAACACAACAACUCGACCUAUUACUCAAGAAACGACAACAACUCAACCUAUUAUUCAAGGAACAAAAACAGUUGAACCUAUUUACACAAGUACUCAACCUAUUACUCAAGAAACAACAACUCGACCUAUUGUGACAAACACGACAACUCGACCUAUAACUCAAGAAACGACAACAACUCAACCUAUUAUUCAAGGAACAAAAACAGUUCAACCUAUUAUGACAAACACAACAACUCGACCUAUUACUCAAGAAACAACAACAACUCGACCUAUUGUAACAAACACAACAACUCGACCUAUUACUCAAGAAACAACAACAACUCGACCCGUUAUUCAAGAAACAACAACUCGACCUAUUGUAACAAACACAACAACUCGACCUAUUACUCAAGAAACAACAACAACUCGACCUAUUGUGACAACCACAACAACUCGACCUAUUGUGACAACCACAACAACUCAACCUAUUGUGACAACCACAACAACUCGACCUAUUAUGACAACCACAACUCGACCUAUUGUGACAAGCGAGACGGUUGGUGUGUUUUAA